AUGGCCAAUACUUUGGAGGAACAACAAAGUCUGCGUGAAUGCGAAAACUACAUUCAGGCGCAUGGUAUUCAACGUGUACUCAAGGAUUGCAUUGUACAGCUUUGUGUUAGUCGCCCGGAAAACCCCAUUCAGUUCCUGCGUCAAUAUUUCCAGAAAUUAGAAAAGGAACAAGUUAAGCUUGACGCCCAUAAACAGGUGACCAGUCCAGAUGAUUUCGAAGAUCUCAGUCCAAUGCCACAAACGGCCGCCCCGCCAGUGCGACGACGUGGCGGCAUCUCAGCCGAGCCGGUCACCGAAGAAGACGCCACAAGUUAUGUGAAGAAAGUUGUCCCUAAGGAUUACAAAACAAUGGCUGCGCUCUCCAAGGCGAUCGCCAAAAACGUCCUAUUUUCGCAUUUGGAUGAAAAUGAGCGUUCGGACAUUUUCGACGCCAUGUUUCCAGUUACGCAUUUAAUGGGUGAGAACAUUAUUCAGCAAGGAGACGAAGGUGACAAUUUCUAUGUUAUUGAUCACGGCGAGGUUGAGGUGUUUGUGAACUCCGAAUUGGUUACAACAAUUGGCGAGGGUGGCAGUUUCGGUGAGUUGGCGCUCAUCUAUGGCACGCCACGUGCAGCUACUGUCCGAGCUAAAACCGAUGUCAAACUUUGGGGCAUCGAUCGCGAUUCAUAUCGCCGAAUUCUGAUGGGUUCCACCAUACGCAAAAGGAAAAUGUACGAAGAAUUCUUAUCGCGUGUAUCAAUUUUGGAGAGUCUUGAUAAAUGGGAACGUCUUACGGUGGCCGACGCUUUGGAACCUGUGCAAUUCGAAGAUGGCGAAACAAUUGUCAAACAAGGUGAACCAGGCGAUGAUUUUUAUAUCAUUUUAGAUGGCACCGCGGUUGUACUCCAACGAAGAGCUGAGCAAGGAGAUGAACCCGCUGAGGUUGGUCGUUUGGGUCCAAGUGACUACUUUGGUGAGAUCGCUUUGCUGUUGGAUCGCCCCAGAGCGGCCACCGUGGUAGCAAGAGGACCAUUGAAAUGUGUUAAAUUGGAUAGAGCGAGAUUCGAGCGCGUGCUGGGACUCUGCGCCGACAUUUUGAAGCGUAACAUCACGCAAUACAACAGUUUCGUUUCGCUAUCUGUUUAAGGCAGUUAAUUCAACAGCUUAAGAGACUCCACAUUUACUUAGAUCGAAAUUUUAUGAGGUAGUAACUUUCAGUUGGGAAUAAACAUGGGAUUGUAUCAUCUUUAUUAGACAGAAAUUAAAUCAACGGAAAAAUAUCUACCGACUAUUACACACGUAAAACUUAAAAAAAAAGAAAAUCAAAGACAACAAUUUAUCAAAAAAAUUUGAAACAAAAAAGGGAAAUAAACAUUUUAAACUCAAUACAAAAACUGUGAGCAAUUGCAACGUGGAAACGUGGGCUGUUAUAAAUAGACGCAACAUAUACAAUUGAGAGAAAAAAGUAAACAAAAGCAAACAAAACAAAACAAUGAAGAAAACACAGCUUUAGGCUUUCGCAUACUUCUAAUUGAUCAUUGCAUUCUUCUUGAAAACAACAACAACAAUUGCACUUUGCGCACCAAGCAUCAAGUGUCAAGCAUUUACAAGUUAAAAAUUGCAAAAGCACAAAACCAUCACCGUCAGUGAGUGUGUGGGUUAAUGUCUUGUUUGCAUUGGUUUUAUUGCACUCUUCGGAAAGUGAAUGUGUUGACAUGAUAAGGCGCGACAGGUGGUCCCAGCUAUUUGACGCACCAUAUAAGCCACUGUGGCUCACAAUAACUUACUAAAUUUUACUGUUUUCCGAUUCCCAAUACUUUCAAAGCUUUUAGAAUGUACACUAAAAUUUUAAAGUUUUAUAACUUAUGAAAUUUUGCUUUCGGUCGAAAUUCAAAUACUUGUAAAUAUGUAUGUAAGAAUUUAUUUGCGAAAAUAUAAAUAUUUACUGUUACAAACCUGCAAAUGUUCCAUAUGCAUUUUGACGUCAAAUUGUCAAAAAUAUUCAUUAUCGAUGUUUGAUUUACAUUUGUAACGUGUUAAAAAUUGUUACUAAUAUACUUACAUAUAUGUAUGUACAUGUGUAAACAUAAUUUCUGUGUAUAUUUGGCUUGCUAUGGGUUCACUUYACUUGGCUGCGCGCUCUUUCAGCAAUAAAUAACACUAUAUUACAAACUAUUGACAUUUCCCUAUUUGUGUAGCUUGUUAACGCCCAACUAGCUUCCAUGUGUCUACCUAUUUCUAUCACACCGCUUUAAGUGAAUAUGAACUUAAAUGAUAACCGUAAACUUAUAUCCUAACGACAAAAUGCAUUUAAGACGGCAUCAAACCUUACGCCCGUUUUAUGCUUUAACUGUAAUUGUUUUGAAUUAAAAAAAAAAAAAUUAAUUUUGACUAAAAUGUGGAUGAAACAUAGACUACUUUUAAUGUGAAACACUUGUGAAGAACCCUAAAUGAAUUGAAAAGUCGUUGAAAGCGACACACACACAAAUAUCAUUAAUUUCCUUUUUAACUAGAACAUUUUUUAAACUUGUGGCGCACUGACCAAAAGCCACAACGUUAGUGUGUUGAAACAAACAAACAAAAAAAAAAAAAACAAAAAAAAAAAUGUAACACUCCGGUAACGGCACAGUACUAAUUUAUAACAAUUAUAAUAAAACGUAUUUAAUGAUUCAUAAAAUCAAAAAAGUGCUGGUGCGCUCUCGUUUGUAAACUAAAAUAAUUAUACAUCAAUCUAAAACACGAAACACAUAAAUAUAUAUGUAUGUAUAUCCAUAACUUAUGUAUAACAACAAAUUACUUAUAACCUUACACAAUUCUUCAUACAGCAUACUUACUAUUUUGUGUUGAGAAAUUGCGUAAAGAAUGCUGCAUGUUGGCCCGUUAGUUCUACUAACACCAGCUAAAGCGGCGCAACAGAUGAACAAGUUGCUGCGUGAUAGGUAAAGCACCCGCCGGCGGGUUGAAGGUACAUACAUACAAUGCACUGGCAUGAAAAUUUUAAGUAAAUAAAUAUGACUAUCAAACGAAACGAAAUUUCUAUAUAAAUAUCUUAUAUUCGUAUUGGAAACUGACAAUGACUGAAGGUCAUCGCUUUGGCGACUUUCGGUCUGGUUUGUCUUGCGUAACUUAAAAAAAAAAAACCACAUUGUAUUGCUGUGAAACAUUCACCUAGAAAAACAACAACACACACAGUAGGUUAUAUA